AUGCGCACGCACGUCUGGAAGUUCCUGCUCAACGUGCUCUCCAGCGCUGGCGAGCGGGGCCGGAGCCUGUUCCGGGCGGGCGAGGGCAUGAGGGUGAUCUGCGAUGUCAUCCGCGGCGGCGCGUGGGGCACCGAGCGCCAGGAGGUGACGGCCGAGGAGGAGGAGGACCGCUACGAGGAGGAGGAGCUCUACGGCGCAGGGCAGGGCACCUGGGGGCUGAAGGACUCGUACCACUCGUGGCCGUCCGUGGAGUACUUCGGCGGCCGCCAUACCGAGCCGCGGUUCUACACCAUGGACUUCUUGGAUGACAAGUUUUACGGCUCCAAGGACCGGAUGCUCGCGGCGGCUUUCUUGGAGUACAUGGCUUCGGAAGCCAUGUGGGGCGAGGAGACUCUCGUGGGGGAGAUGAUGCAGUGCCCCAACACCCUCCAGGUGCUUUGCCGGGUCAGGCCCCCAGGCUGCUUCCUCAUACGAUUGCUGCUCAGUGCCCCGAGCUUCCCCGAGUACCUGAGGGCUACCGCGCAGCAGAUUGCGGAGGCAUACGUGGAGCGGUCGCUCAACCAGCUGUGCCUGCCCGACGCGACGUCCCACUCGCUGUUCCCGGUCUGCUUCGAGCUGGAGGGCCACGGUGGCGCAGCCAGGGGAGGCGUGCUGGACGCAUUCAGGAGGGAGAUGGUGGCCGUCGAGACCAGGAACGUCGUUCUCAGGAUCCUCGCGUUCGCCUACCACAGCCUCCAGGCCUGCCUGCAGGAGGAGCGCUCGAUGCGCGAGGGCGACCCAGCGCAGCGCUCGGAGCCCGGGGACGAGGCAUCGCAGCUGGAGGAGGAGAUCACCGUGUGCUGCCGGCUGAUCGCCUCCCAGUUGCCCUUGCCGCUGGAGGAUGCUGGAGGCCUGUGCGUGGCCAUCUGCACGCAGGUGCAGGAGUUCACCCGCAAGGCCCUCCUGGCCGUCAACCAGCUGCCGCCUGUCAACCCCGACGAGCGCCAGCGCGCGAAGGGCCUGGAGGUGGCCAAGACGGUGCCCCCGCGCCCGAUGUACUUCGGCCACUACCAGCAGCUCAUCCACAACCAGUCCAACCCCACGCAGCCCUCGUCGAGCAGCGCGGCGCUGGAGGGCCAGGCGCGGCUGAAGAGCCUGCAGGGCGCGGCGGACAUCCUCUUCACGGGCGAGAACAGGUACCUGAGCGAGCCCUCCCUCUUCCCCUACGAGUUCCUCGUGGUGUUGCGGCUGGUGCAGCUCCUGCGCGCCGCGGAGCCCGCCGCCCCGCCCUUCCUGGCCGAGUUGCAGGACUCCCUGGAGCAGCUCACUGGGCACCGCUCCUCCUUCAUCUUCGCAGACAGCCACGAGGGCACCGAGCUGGCGGACUACCCGUGGCGGACGGGCGUCGCGCACCUGAACACCUUCAGGGUCUCCCAGGUGCCGCUGCGGCGCUCCGACCUGGGCCGGUUCCCGCGGCGAUCCCCGCUUGACGUGGUCCGUGGCCUGGAAACGAUCCUCAAGGAGUACGUCGACCUGAACAUGUGGGAGGAGGACGCGGACGACGGCGUGCGCUCAUCGCCGGACUCGGGGAGGCGCGGCAGGGACGCGCCGCGGCCGGAGGCGCUGGCCAAGAGGCGCAGCGUGCUCCUGGCGCUGGUCUUCAAGCACCUGUGCUACUUCCACCCGAAGAUGGUGACGCUGGAGGACUCGCCCCUCGGACUGGCGCGCCGGCUCGGGGUGUCCGUGGAGCUGCUGGCGUCCGUCGAGGAGCUGCUGCUCCAGGGCGAGCCAGGCGGAGCCGCCGAGGCCGGCGAAGGCCCCGCGGGUCACGAUGCGGAGGGCCGCGCGGCCGAGGGAGGCUCCUGCGCCCUGCUGCGCUGCGACCCGAGCGGCGCGGUGGAAGUGCUGCAGGUUUCAGUGGGCGAGGCCAAGCUGGCGUUCGUGUGCAUGAGGGGCACCUGGACGCUUUGGGCCAACUGCACGAAAGACAGCGCUCAGGUGCUCACCGAGUGCGCGGCCGUGCACAGGUAUUUUGCCUUCGGCGGUCAGGGGCCGCCGCCGCCCGCCCUCGAGCCGUGA